AUGCCUCGAUACCACCAGCUAUUGGACGCACAGAAGGGUCGCUGCGCCGUGGCUUCCGUUGCAAUCCAGGCCGGAUCCUGUAUUCUCCGAACAUCUGCCAUAUGUGCUGUGCCUUUCUCUUCCUGUGGAUGGUGUUUUACUACCCAAGUCCCUCUUUCUCGCUGUACAGGCUGCCGUAAGGUUUGCUAUUGCUCUCGAACGUGUCAACAAUACGACUGGUCUCAACAUCGUCGCGAAUGCUCGGCUUGGCGCUCUAUUCCAUAUACUUCCACUUUACCUACUGUUUUAAUAGUGAGUCGACUUGCCGCCAAGCUUUUUCUGGGCUCUGAAGCGAACGAGGAAGAGAAGAAUCAGGUGUUGAAGCUACGUCAUCAUUUAGACGAUCACUCGAAGGCUAAACUUCAACAAUUCAAAGAAAUGACGCAGUUAGUACUGCUGCUCUUAGCACAAUAUAAAGUCGAUGGUAAACAGCCAAUUACGAGCUUUAACAAGCUUCAGAACGAUCUAGAGACGGAGAUAUUGAAGUUAUUUGGUCUUGUGAAUUGCAACGCAUUCUCGCUAGCAAACGACGUAACAAACGAGGCACUGGGCAUCGGGAUAUACCCAGACGGUGCGCUGUUUAAUCAUGACUGUGACCCAAACUGUAUUGUGAGUUUUAAAGGACGAGAAAUGCUGGUGCAUGUGGUAAAAGAUGUUGGAGUGGGGCAAGAGCUCACGGUCUCAUAUAUUGAGUUGCUGCAGUCGACGAAGGCAAGACGCAGCGAGUUGAGGGAGUCGUAUUUUUUCGACUGUGAAUGUCUACGAUGUCAAGCUGGUAGGAAGGAGGAGGUGGAGGAUGACUGGUAUCUGAAUGGACUGGUAUGUAGUAGCAAGAAGGGCAAUACUUGCGGAGGUGUUGUCGUGGUAGAAAAAGCCAAAGACGGUAGCGUUAGUAGUGCGACGUGCAAGAUGUGUCGUACUGAGCGAGAUCGAAAAGAGAUUGAAAGGUUGGAAAGGCAGCUAAAGGAGCUUGAAACGCAUAAAAACUUUGCAUCUGAACAGGAUAAAUGGCAGUUGUAUCAACAAAAAUGGGAAAUUGUAACGCUGCAACUACGGCUUCAUCCGCAAAAUUCACGUGUAGCUGUGAUGGCCCGUACGAUUGGUAACUUUCUCUUUGGAGCGAAGUCGCCGGGUUUGCAACGCCUGGCACUACCUUUCUUCUUGGCAGAGCUACGUGCAGUGGAGUGGCUGCUUCCAAACACAAAACUUCCGUCACGGGGUUUACUGCAUUUUCAAAUCGGCAAACUUUUGAUUGAGGAAACAAAGACACCGCUCCGUUUUCUUUCACCUGCGAAUCGAGCCAAACAGAUUGAAAGCGCUGUAAAUCAUCUUCAGCAGUCCCUCUCAGUGUUGACGAGCGCGUACGGAAGUGAUAGCGUUGCUGUACAAUCUGCGCAAUUGGUGCUAGAUGAGGUUCAACGCACAGCUGACCAGCUUCUUUAG